UAAUACAAGUAACUCUCUUUGUAGUCUGCUUGAGUAUGUCCUGCCUGCCUCGUCUCAAAUGGAUGAUAGGUCUGUCUUUGCAGUGCUUCCAGCUCAUGCCACCUUGGGGAGCAAGUCACUAGAAAUGGUAGCUAAAGAAAGCGUUAUUAGGUCACUUGUUUUCAUAAUAUUUAGCACUUACCUUCAGAGCUUUUUGCAGACAUUAACUAAUCUUUAUACACCCCUGGAAGGGAGAUAAGUAGUCGUGACUAGCAUCAUUUUCCAGAGUACUAAAUGGAUUCACAGAUUAUUUUUACCCAUGGCCAUAGAGACUCUGGAUUUCUUAGACUGGAGACCCAUGGUUAUAGAACCAGAUGCCUCCAUUCUCGGUAGAGUUCUAUGGACAUUGAUGUGUAUAUUUGAUUUUAUAUAUAUACCAUGAGAGUAAUGAGACUUAACAUUUCCAAUUUUAAAAUAUACCUACAGGUCUGUUGCAUCUUACACGCAUUUAAUGUGCGCGAUUUUAGCUUUACGCGGUCAGCAAAAAAAAAAAAAAGAGAAAAAUAACAAUUUAAAUACUGUUCCUGUAGUGCGGGCGAUUCCGCCCGCCAUUACACUCGAUGUAAUUUUGACUAUACACGGUUUUUGCUUUACGUGCUGACCGCAGAACGUAACCCCAGCGUAAGAUGAGACAGACCUGUAUACUGAUGCAGAGAGUACUUGGCCAGUCAUCCUUUUGGUGCCUAUAAACAUCAAAUGGUAACGUGAAUCAUUGUAAUGUGUAUGGUGUUUAAAUGUGAAGAAUUAUAUACUAAGGGACAAUUGAAAUCAAUGGUGAAGCUCCGAUUAAUGUCAAUGGGAUGAAUCUGGAGCCCUAACUGUACUUGGAAUACAACAAAAUAUUGAAAGAUUGUAUGGGAGAUUCAAGGGUUACAGAGGGGGAUUUUCCCUAAUUUAUCAUAUUUAAGAGUGUGGUCCCUGUUUUCUACUCUCAGAAUGGUGAGUUCAGUUUAUUUUAAUGUGUGUCUUUCUGUCUGGCUAGGCUUUUAUAAAGCUGCACAUCACGGUGGUAUCUGAGUUCUGUUAUUAGAUAGAUAAUAAAAAUGAAAAUGCCUUUACGUUCUGAGCAAAUUUUAAUGGUAUUUUUUCUCUAACUUGUCUGUUACAGAAUGGUAAAUAACGCUGAAGACCCCUGAGAGGUUUUCUGACUUGCCCUCCUCAUGUAAAGUAUGCUCAGAACCUUUCCAGUAGUGCUGCUGGAAACCAUGUCUCACUACACAGAUGAACCCAGAUUUACUAUAGAGCAGAUAGAUCUGCUUCAGCGCCUGAGACGUACUGGAAUGACCAGACACGAAAUCCUCCACGCCUUGGAAACCUUGGACCGUCUCGAUCAAGAGCAUAGUGACAAGUUUGGAAGAAGGUCUAGCUAUGGAGGCGGUUCCUAUGGCAACAGUACCAACAAUGUCCCAGCAUCUUCCUCUACAGCCACAGCUUCUACACAGACUCAGCAUUCUGGGAUGUCCCCGUCACCUAGCAACAGUUACGACACCUCCCCACAGCCUUGCACUACUAAUCAGAAUGGGAGGGAGAGUAACGAGAGGUUGUCAGCAUUCAAUGGGAAGAUGUCACCCACUCGCUAUCCACUUGCAAACAGCUUGGCUCAAAGGUCGUACAGUUUUGAAGCCUCUGAAGAGGACUUGGACGUAGAUGACAAAGUGGAAGAAUUGAUGAGGAGGGACAGCAGCGUGAUAAAGGAGGAAAUCAAAGCCUUUCUUGCCAAUCGGAGGAUUUCCCAAGCAGUUGUUGCACAGGUAACAGGUAUCAGCCAGAGCCGGAUCUCUCAUUGGCUGUUGCAGCAGGGGUCAGACCUGAGUGAACAAAAGAAAAGGGCAUUUUACAGAUGGUACCAGCUUGAGAAGACGAACCCUGGGGCUACGUUAAGUAUGAGACCUGCUCCAAUCCCAGUAGAAGAGCCAGAAUGGAGACAGACGCCUCCCCCAGUCACAGCUACCUCUGGGACCUUCAGACUACGGCGAGGCAGUCGGUUCACAUGGAGAAAGGAGUGCCUGGCAGUUAUGGAAAGUUACUUCAAUGAGAAUCAAUAUCCUGAUGAGGCAAAGAGAGAAGAAAUUGCAAAUGCCUGUAAUGCAGUUAUACAAAAGCCAGGCAAAAAGUUGUCAGAUUUGGAGCGAGUUACCUCCCUUAAAGUGUACAACUGGUUUGCCAACAGGAGAAAGGAAAUCAAGAGAAGAGCCAAUAUCGAAGCAGCAAUCCUGGAGAGCCAUGGCAUAGAUGUACAGAGUCCCGGAGGCCAUUCCAAUAGCGAUGACGUCGAUGGGAAUGACUAUUCAGAGCAGGACACUUGGCAAGUACGCAAUGGGGAGGAGGAGGGAAGAUGUUCAGAGGGAGGCAGAGAAGCAGAGAAGGUAGAAGAAGACAGGAGGAUCUGCUCCAAACAAGAUGACAGCACUAGCCAUAGUGACCACCAAGAUCCCAUUUCAUUAGCCGUGGAAAUGGCAGCAGUAAACCACACCAUCUUGGCAUUGGCCCGGCAAGGAACCAACGAAAUCAAGACAGAGGCCCUAGACGACGACUGAUACAAAGAAGGGGGAGGGUCAAAGAAAGAAGUAACUUAGUUUUAGACGUAGCACCUUAGCCUUUCCUCGGUCCUUAAUAUGUGUUCUUCUUACAGUAUAACUUUGCAGUUUCUUGUACGUCAGUUAGCUGUUAGGGUCUUGUUCUGUGAAGAUGGCAUGGUGCCCUCAGCCUUUGCAUAUACUCUCUCAGUAUUAAUUCCCAGUAAAUAAUCAGUCAACCAACCAACCUCCCUCUCCCAGCCCCAGUGGCUCGAAAAUCUUGCUGCUUUGUCUUAGCAUUCCAAGAAAGUGCUUCCAGGUAUUUUAGAGAGUCCUCAGUUCCAAGUCUUAGGCUACAUUUCAAAUCUUGGAUACCCUUAGACAUCAUGUAAAACUAAUCUGUACGCUUUUCCUUCUCCAAGACUGAAAGGAUGGAAGCUGAGGUAGAGGCACAGGGUCGAUGGACACCAUAUUGAGAGUAUCAACAGAGAGUAAAAAGAACACUAGAAACCCCACUUCAGCAUGGGAAUAAGUGAUUUUCAGCUGCAAUAAGCCAUGCCUCACUGGUCACACAGUGACUUGAUAUAUUUCUUUUGGGUGCUGCACUGAGAAUAUCCAUGGGAAACAUAUUCACACAUUUCGGUUGAUGCUCACAUAUUCAACACAGACAUCCUCUACUCUCACAAGCUGCAUGGCUUAGUGGAUAAAAUACUGCCUUCUGCCUCUGGGACCAUGAUAGAAGCCCAGCCUGGGAUCACAUGAAAAAUGAGCUGAAUGUCUAAUGGACGGCAGUCCACUUCUCAAAACCACUAUUCAUUAUUUGGCACGUCUAGCAGUGCUUGCUCCGAAGAGGUCUAGACUCAAUCAAUCUCUCAUAGAAGUUGCGUUACCUUUUGUUCUUCCUCUCACCUUUUCCCCCUCCAGCCCUUCUCAAAAGCAAUGUUUUCAAAAAAGGGAUUAAGAUAAUAAAUGGGUGAGUUUGUACAAGUCUGUGUAACUACUGCCUGCAAUCCUAACAGGCCUGAAAGGUUAUUGGAGGACUUUGAUAUCUAGUUUCUGCUAGUUAUCAACAUGGCAUCAAUAUUCACCCAAAUAUGAACACUUCUUAAAAGGCAGGAAGAUCUCCUCCUUGAGAUAUAGGGUGUAAUGCUUUUGUGUUCUCUUUACUCUGUCCUUGUUAUGGUGUAAGAGAGCUGUACUGCUACAGACAAUUUAAUUAAUAAUGGGAAGCCAUAUUGAUAAUGGAUGUGGUAAUAUUUGUAAAGCAAACCUACUUUAAGUAGCAGAAACUAACGAAAUUGCUUUUCCUUGAUCACAUGUAGCACUUUUGUUACUUUUUUCUUAAAGAUAUUUAUAUUUGAUAAAUCUUUUUUUUAAUCAUUUGAGAAUUCAAAAUACCAAACGACGAACUUGCAUUACAGAGUCACCCUGCGAUCACCUUGUCAUCUAGUAUCUAAAUGAUGAACUGUGUAUGCAUCUAAGAAAAUUACAUCUGCUGGCAUUGUGUGGAAGUGAUCUCUGGCAUCCUGAUAAAAGUGAUAUGUCGCUGCCGGUAAGAGGAAGCUGUUCACUGGAAGCAGCACGGGAUGCGUUAGAGACGGGCUAGGCUGCAUUAUAUCUUUGAAAAAAUUAAUGCAUUUACAUAGCAUUUCCACUGCAUUCCAUUUUAUCUUCCCUGCUGCAUGGAAAUAGUUUCAGAGGGAAGGUGGCUUAGUUUUGAAGCAUGGCUUUCCUUUGUCUUUUGUUCAUUUUUAAAGGUGAAGGGAAGUUACUAUGACUUGUUUUGGUUUUAUUCCUUCCCAUCUCCUCCUCCCCCAGCUUUGCAGGAUGUUUGCAACUUGAAACCAUCAGAUAUAAUUGCCAGCACUUAGAAAAAGAAAGAAAGAAAGAAAAAAAGACACAAUUGUGGCACAUCAGCAGGUUUUUAGCCAGCCUUAAACUCCCUGAAGGUAAAGACUAACUAGAUCAUGUUUAUGUCUACUAAUCUGCUGAAAGCUGUUUAGGUAGAUGUGGGAGAUUCUGUGCUUACAGAGGGCACAGAGUUGGCACCUCUUUGCCCCUGUGACUUUGAAGAUAUAUAGGCAGGGCUUGGCCCUGUCGUUCAUUUAUGGAUUUCAUUGGAAAAUGUAUGUGCUUUCUUUAGCAGUAGAUCACUGAAGCAGAAUGGAGCUGUCUUUUUCUGUUUUGUUGUAUUUCUUGAGUAGGCAAAUUCAUGAAUAGCGUCAGGAUAGACUCAGGAAAGAACAAAAUUGGUUCAGUCACAUUGCAGUGUUCUUUCUGUGUGUGUGUGUGUGUGUGUGUGUGUCUCUCUCUCUCUCUCUCUCUCUCUCUCUCUCUCUCUCUCUCUCGGUACUAGCAAGCAAAGGGGUGGGGGGGAGGGAUGUUUUUGCACCGCAGGAUAAUCAUCAAGCAAACUGUAGCUUCAGUGGAAUUUUACCUACUUAUUCAUACUACAGUCACACACACAGCUGACAAGAAACCACUGCGAUUUAUUGCAAGGAGAUUUUAAUAAUCAGUGACCUCUUUAUGCUGGUUUGCCAUCAGAGUUUGUUCUAGCUGUUCCAUUUUAAAGAAUCGAAUCAAACUGAUAGACAGCUGCACCUACGAAAUAAAUAUUGCUUACAUUUUUACCUUAAAAGUCAUUUUUUGAAACAAACAUCUAUUUAGAGAAUGAAGGAAGAAUAACACCAAUACAGUAAAGGCCAGAUCCUUAUCUCUGCUGCACUGGUGUAAAUUUGAAAUAACUCCACUAAAAAGAAUGGAUUUAAACCACUGUAUAGGAGAGAAUCUGGCCUUCACUCUGUCUAGCACAGUCUUACGGCUCCUGUGUUCCAUAACACAUCAAAAAGAAUAAACAGAUGAACAACUUAUGUAUAAUUAGCUAUCAGUGGCUCUUCUGUCCUAAGUUGCAGCUUGCUGGUAAGCAGCAGCCUUCGCCCCACCAGAGGAAGAUCAUAGGCUGAUUCAGUAAGUAAGAAAUGCCUUAAGCGAGCCAUGUGCUACAUAGUUCUGUUCAUCUCCCUUCAUCUGCAUUCUGUUUGAUCUCUGUACGGCCCCCAGAAGAUAUGAUCAAGGAAUAUGACCUUAGCCAUCCUCAAUAUCCUGAUGACACUGAGCUCUCUGACUCCCUCCUUAGCCCGUCGUGGACUGUUUCUUGAUUGACAGACACUUGUUUUGAUGAGGAGUAGCCAAUCUAGGCUCUCAUUAGAUAACUCCCGGCUACCGCGUUGAGGGAAACCUUUUCAAGACAUUUUGGAAUGGCUUCUGCAGCCUUGUCGUUCAGGGCAAGGACAAUGCUGGUGAGACAACACUGGAAAUUAAGGUUUUCUCUGGGUCACUCCCUCAACAAGCUGAGCCAGUCCUGAGACUAUUUUCAUCUCUACAUUUUCUGUCAAAUCAGGUUUUUCUGUGCAGUGCUGCAGUUCAGACCUUGUUACAGACAUUCAUACCUUCAUCACCUUCAGGCUAAAUUACUGUGCAGCACUCCCACUUGGGUUCUGCUCGAAACUGAUCUGAAAGCCAAAUUGGUUACAGGAUGGUUACCGACUCCUUCCAUGGAUGCAGUGUGAAGAAUCGAUCAUUCCUUCCUUUCAGGCAGCUGUUAACACCAACAAAUUCAAUCCAGAUUAUCUCAUGGUUCAUAGUACUUUAGCCAGCGUUUUUUGCCAUCUUCCAGAGCAGGAGAGGUUGGCUGGGUUGUCCUUGGUGUCUAUCCCUAGAUAUUAUUGGAGCUUGUGGGAGUGCAGUGCAGUACAGGGCUCCAUCCAUGGAGUUCCCCUCUCUGAGGACAUUCCCCAGAGUUUUCCUGUGGCUGACUCCUGACUCUGCAUCAGGCAUUUCUCCUCCGAUUUGUUCAUCUUUGGCUAUUUCAUUGCUCCCCUUUUCUUUAACUCCUCUUUUUCUUUGCUCAUGUAGUUGGGACCGUGUCUUUUCCUGGAUUGUUAUGUGUAAAAUAUUCAUUUACAUUUGGUACCGAUGUCCAAAUAUUUUGCAACAGAUGCCUUAGAUAAUAAGUUAACACAGCGGCAGACGGACAGCAUUUUUCUUCGAUGCCCUGGUGAUGCAGAGACGUCUUUGAAGUACUUGGAGGUGUUACAACAGUUUCACUGCUCCAAUAAAUGUGUUCUUACCAAGAAGGGAGUUUCUAACUUUGACCUAUGUUUUCUAGCAACACUAUGUUGACCUAGCAUGAUUGUGAGUGGCGUUUGUUUGUGUUUUAUUUUUACCUACUUAAAAUAUUCUCCUAUAAGAGAUGGGCCUCGUCUGCAAAGUCUGGAUCCAGCUUUCCAAAACUGUCGGGUAUUUAUAUUCAUAGUUUUGGUUCAGACCUAUCUGUAAUAUAAAUUGUAGUGGUGACCUAUUAUGCUUAUGUGAGUCUUCAUUGAAUUUCUCAAUAACUCUAUUGUAUUCCAUUGACUAUAGUGGAGUUUAAUGGAUCGGUGUUUUCAUAACACCCAGGCUAUUUAUGUAGGUGGAUGGAUGGUUUUUGGGAAGGGUUUUAGCAUAUAUUGACUGGACUUUCUACCGUCUCGCUAUUGUGGCUGGGAAUCUUUUAGGUUUGGCAUAGCUAAUGAGAUUAUAAGUAUCACUUUCGUAUGCAGACUGGCAAGAUUUUUGCUAUUUUACUCCUCAUGUAAAGCUAGUAAAAUCAUAGGAUAUGUCUACUCUGUAAGCCCAGGAUUCAAAUUCAGGCUCAAGCCAUACCCUCCUGCUGUCUACAUACACAUCACUCUAAUCCAGAGUUCGGACCCACGACUCUAUGGUGGUGGGGGGUCCUAGCCUGAGUCAAACUGGGACUGAGGGGGUCAAGCCCGAUUGCUUUGUAGUUUAGCUGCAGUCCCACUGGAUUUGUGCUCUGGGAGUCUGAGAAAAGUAUCCCACCAUCCCACAGGCCAACUUUUUGUCCUCAGGACAGUCAAGUUUGGUGAACAAUCAUGUUUUCCCACACUGCACCCAAACAAAGGACGAGAGCAGACACAUUAUGGGAGGGCAGUAGGAAGUCUGGGAUAUGGGUGGUUGGACUCGGGCCCACAUAAUACAGUGUAGACACUGAAGCGCCAGGUUGAGACUCAGGGUUCAAUAAUUCCUAAUCUUGGGUUACAAAUGAGCACAGCUGCUCAAACCCAAGCUCUGAGUUUACUUUGCAAUGUAGGCAUACUCCCAGAAGUGUGGCAGUUUUAUAGAAGUAGAAUGGCAUAUGGUCAGCUUGUAUCUGAACUGGUCAAAAUCUUUUUGUCUUGCUGUCUUAAAGGGACAUCAAGAUUUCACUAAGGUUUUCAGCUUCAGUACUCUUCUAUCAUCACUCUGGCUUACCUCGUGCAAUCAAAUUAGUCUUGUCACACAGAGCUAUCUGGUAAUUGCAGCAGGAUUCCACUGGCUGGCUGGGUACAGUCACAGAAUCAUAGAAAUCUAGGGCUGGAAGGGAUCUUUAGAAUCCCUUGCCCCAUACGGAGGCAGUACCCAAGUAUACCUCGUCCACCCUGAAAGGUGUUUCUCUCACCUGUUUUUAAAAACCUCCAGUGACUGAGAUUCCAUAGCCUCCCUUGGUAACCUGUUCCAGUAUAUAACUAUCCUUACAGCAGGAAAGAUUUUCCUAAUAUCUAACCUAACUCUCCCUUGCUACAGAUUAAGCCCAUUACUUCUUGUCCUGCCUUCACUGGACAUGGCAAAACUUGAAGACUGUUUUCCGGUCCCCACUCAGACGACUUUUCUCAUGACUAGAUGGGCACAUUUUUUAAAUCUUUCCUCAGAGAUCAGGUUUUCUGAACCUCUUGUUAUUUUUGUUGCUGUAUUCUAGAUCUCUCCAGUUUGUCCACAUCAUUCUUAAAGCGUCUUUUAUUGUACACAUGGGUCAGACUUGCAAAAUCGGUGUGUGGAUUUUGAAUGCAUAAAAUCACAACACUGCCCCUAACUAUUUAAUCCAGGAUUUUGAUUCCCCUUGUAGCUUGAAUUGAGAUCCAAGUGUAGAUUCCCAUCUUUCUCCCUUAACUUCAUAAGUAUUUGUGUCCAAGAUCUGGUUUGAGUCUCUUAAGUUAUAUUAGGUUGGAACACCAGGAACUGGUCACUAUGACAGUAUUUGCCCUGGUGGGUUUUGAAUGGAGGAAAAUGCCCCAUCUAAUUUCCUCAUGUCAGUUCAUUUCUGAUGGUUGUGAUGUCUUUUAGAAAGUACAUUUCUUUCCCCUAACCAGGACAUUGUGAAUUUAGUAUUGCUUACUAUUCAUCAGCUAAGUAAUUUAUCUCUUCCUUCAGGUCACAGUUUGUGAGAUUAUGACCAAGGAACUUUGGGUUUCUCGUCAGAAAAAACUCCCUUGCUCAUAUUUAGUAAAGGGCUUUCCAGUAGCUGCUGCAAUUUUUUUUCAGUGCAAUUUUUUUCAUUGACAAUAUUGUUUGCUUACAAUCUUCACACAUUUUUAGGUAAUAAUUUUUUUAUUUGGUUUAGCAAUUUUGCUCUUGACGUGGGUCUGUGUUGAAAAAUGAGUUGUAUGUCACAACCAAAAUGUAUUCAUUAUUGUGGAUAUAGGACUUUUUCUGUUGUUUAAUGCCCUCCUGCUGAAUUCAUUGGGGCUACGUAGACACCAGCUAACUUUUGCAGUUUUACUGAGCCAAGACAUACUCCUCAUCAUUCCCUUGAACGGAAGGCGAGUGCACUGAUCAGGAGUACCAACGAGCUGGGUUGCAGAGUAUUUCCAAAUAAAGCAUUCCUUUCUGUGCUUUUUUUAAUAGCUAGGAUAUUUACUCAGAAUUUUGAAUCAGUUGUUGGCCAACACAGAUUUGGCAAACUGAAAAGCAUGACCGGAAACCCCUGUCUCUUAGUUUCAUUUAGCAUUGUCUAAUUUACAGUAGUUAAAUUGUCCAAUUAAAGAUUUCCAUGUUAAUGAAAAAAGAGGUGGCUGCUACAAAUUAGAAUUUCAGAUAAACCAAAUUUAUUUUUCUCUCUUAAGAGAAAUGCAGUAGAGGAUUGAAUUUGGUCAACUAAGGACUUUAAGCAGAUGUGACAGUGUUUUAAACGUGUUGUUCUACACAGCAAAAAAAGGUAUUAUCAAUGGAGUUAUAGUCCUUCAACGUCUUCUCUAUCAUCCUCUUGUGUGAAAUACAUGUCGUACUCUAAUUUGUGUUAAUGAGGAAAAAUAACCAAAUAUAUUUGGUUUCUUCAGGAUUUGUCUUAUCCAGUCUAACUAGAAUGUUCUUAGAGUGCUCAUUGCUAUAGUAUCUAAGGGCUGAAUCAUGCUGACAAAUUGAGAAGUGGCUUUAGAGAGAAAUAUGGCUAUUCUCUUUUGUGCCUCUUUUCAAGUUUGGCUGUUGAGUUUGUUUUCAUCCGUCUAAACAAUAAUAAUCCAUGGAUAAUACACAGCUUUUCUCUCUGCAGUUCUUUCCAGUAAUCGUUGAAGCACUCAGGCCAGGGGUUUAGAUGCUACAAGUAGGUGUGAGUGCGUUAAUGCCAUUGAGCCCUCGUGAGCUGUAUAAUGGAUCUUUGAUGUUUGUGUACGUAUAGUACAUCUACUGAAAUGAUCUGGCAAAAUGCUCUCUCUUCCAUUUUCAUUCUCUCUCUUUUUAAUGUAAGUGGUGUGCUCUGUUGUAAUUCACUCUCAAAUUCAUACUGGUGUGUUGUGAUCAGAUGAAGGUUCUGUUCAAUCUUUUCAAACUGUAGCCAUGGUAAUUGGGUGGGUAGAAUGAAUACAUAAAAGUGUAAUGGCAGUUUUGAAUGACUGGGUGUCCACCUGACAUGUAAUUAGCUGCUUCAGGAAAAUGUAGAUUGGCAUGGUUGUAAUUAAAAGGAUUUCUGUCCUUGUACGUGAUUGAAAACAGCAGCUCUUCCAUUCCCUAAUUUCCUUUAGUACCAAUGCGCUCAACAAUGUUUGGAACAGCUACUCAGUAACAGGGCCAGCUCCAGGGUUUUUGGUGCCCCAAGCAGCAAAAAAACCAAACCGCAAUCGUGAUCAGCUCUACCGCUGCCGCUUCAGUCUUCAGUGGCAAUCCGGUGGGUUUUCCUUCUCUCCAAGAGGGAGUGAGGGACCCACCGCCGAAGAGCCGGACAUGCCGCCCCUCUCCGUUGGCCGCCCCAAGCACCUGCUUGCUGGGCUGGUGCCUGGAGCCAGUCCUGCUUAGUAAACUAAAAUAAUGGCCUGUUCCUUAUAAUGCUGGACAAAAACUGGGAUUAGUUUUCUAUGCAAAGCUUCUUUCUCUUUCUUUUAUCCUGGCCAUAUCUAUAUAGCUUCUCAUUGGGUUGCAAUGGCUUAAUUAUUUUCCAUUUCCUGAAUCAAGGAUCACUAGAAACGCAGAGAACCCAGUUUAUUUCACACUUUAAUACUGGCAUUGCUUUCAUCCUGAAUCUGUCAUUGCAAUAUACUGCUUGUAUUGUUGUCCAACCCCUGGACUAGACAGUCUAACUAGCUCUUAGAUGCUCAUGCUCAUAAGUAAUCUUGUUGUAUUAUCUCAUUCUGGGAAUGUCGUCAGCAGUUGUCAUCAAGUUUUGAGCUGCAUGUCACUUAGACUGCCUAUUGUUAUGAGUAACAUGGAGAAGUGAUAUGAGUUAGCUCAUGUUAUACCUCAGAUAUCAAAAGAUAUCCUAAUGUCAAACAGUAACUCAGUUGUCCUCCACUUGCUGUUCUACUCUGUAACAGAGCUGAAUAUAUAGUGGUGACCCAAGCUGAUUUGAAAGUCACUGCAUAAGUUCUCACUGGAUACUGUCAAACACUUAGACUCAUAGACUUUAAGAUCAGAAGGGACCAUUAUGAUCAUCUAGUCUGACCUCCUGCAUAACGCAGGUCACAGAAUCUCACCCACCCACUCCUGUAACAAACCCCUAACCUAUGUCUGAGUUAUUGAAGUCUUCAAAUCAUGGUUUAAAGACCUCAAGGUGCAGAGAAUCCUCCAGCAAGUGACCCGUGCCCCACGCUGCAGAGGAAGGUGACAAAUCUCCAGGGCCUCUGCCAAUCUUCCAUGGAGGAAAAUUCCUUCCCGACCCCAAAUAUGGCGAUCAGUUAAACCCUGAGCAUGUGGGCAAGACUCACCAGUCAGCACCUAGGAAAGAAUUCUCUGUAGUAACUCAGAUCCCAACCCAUCUAACAUCCCAUCACAGACCACUGGGCAUAUUUACCUGCUAAUAAUCAAAGAUCAAUUAAUUGCCAAAAUUAGGCUAUCCCAUCAUACCAUCCCCUCCAUAAACUUAUCAAGCUUAGUCUUGAAGCCAGAUAUGUCUUUUGUCCCCACUACUCCCCUUGGAAGGCUGUUCCAGAACUUCACUCCUCUAAUGGUUAGAAACUGUCUAAUUUCAAGUCUAAACUUCCUAAUGUCCAGUUUAUAUCCAUUUGUUCUUGUGUCCACAUUGGUACUAAGCUUAAAUAAUUCCUCUCCCUCCCUGAUAUUUAUCCCUCUGAUAUAUUUAUAAAGAGAAAUCAUAUCUCCCCUCAACCUUCUUUUGGUUAGACUAAAUAAGCCAAGCUCUUUGAGUCUCCUUUCAUAAGACAGGUUUUCCAUUCCUCGGAUCAUCCUAGUAGCCCAUCUCUGAACCUGUUCCAGUUUGAAUUCAUUCUUCUUAAACAUGGGAGACCAGAACUGCACACAGUAUUCCAGAUGAGGUCUCACCAGUGCCUUGUAUAACGGUACUAACACCUCUUUAUCUUUACUAGAAAUACCUCGCCAGAUGCAUCCCAAGACUGCAUUAGCUUUUUUAACAGCCACAUCACAUUGGCAGCUCAUAGUCAUCCUGUGAUCAACCAGUACUCCAAGGUCCUUUUCCUCCUCUGUUACUUCCAACUGAUGUGUCCCUAGCUUAUAACAGUGAUUCUUAUUAUUAAUCCCUAAAUGCAUGACCUUUCACUUUUCACUAUUAAAUUUCAUCUUAUUACUAUUACUCCAGUUUACAAGGUUGUCCAGAUCUUCUUGUAUGAUAUCCCGGUCCUUCUCUGUAUUAGCAAUACCUCCCAGCUUUGUGUCAUCACAAGGCGAGACAAACACUCCCCCAUUGUGCUUUUGGAGUUGAUGCAAGAGAAACAUUAUCUAAUGAUGGAUCUUGAGUACCACUGGGCUGGGUCUAUGCUGCAUUUUCACCCCACUAACAUUUCUCACCAUUGUUGUCACCAGUGCCACCCUGGUAUUUUAAUCAUAUUGGACCAGAUUUACAAAGGCACUUCAAGAUACAGACAGGUAUCUAGCGGGAUUUGCCCAAGAAGCUUAGGCACUCUUUUAAAUCCCGGUAGAUACCUUUCUGUUUCCUUAGGUGCCUAAAUAUCUUUGUAAAUCUGGCUGAUUGUCCAGUGCUGUUCAGAGCAGGCCUACCUGAAGGAUGGCUAAAAAUCUGUUUAUGCUAGUUCUCUCGACAUGACCAUCUCCAGUGGUGCUGUACUGGCAUUAGGAAUGUCAGGACAUUUUUUGGUGGGGAAUCAUAAUGUGUACAAGACUUUAGGCAUUAAUUUUGCUGCUAUUGUUUGCUAAACUACCUAGAUUCUUUCCUAACUUGCCUGACUCAAGUCUUCCAUGUCAUGACAAGACACACAAUGUAGCAUAACUAACGUACAUUUAUAAUUAGUGUGUCUUUAAGAGGAUAACUUUGGCUUUCUGAUCUCCGUUUUGACAUCAAGAUUUUUUUUAAAUACAUUUACUUAUAAAGUUGUCCAUUGAAUCAUUCAAGCAGAGCAAAAGCGAUAAUGGAAAAUAAGUCAUUGACUAAUCUUCUGCAUCCAGUAUAUCCCGAUAGGUACAUGUUACAUUCCACAAGGCAUAUUGGACAUUGGAGAUGCUUAUUAUUUGUCUGCUGAUAAAGUUGCUGCUAUCAGUUUGACAGGACUGUAGCAACGGUACUAUAAACACCACUCCAGUGCUAACCAGGGCCAAGGAUCUGGAAUAUCAGCUCAUUAAGGAGUUUUUCCUAAACUGGGGUGUGAGGCAUUGCCUUUGCAUUUUGUGACCGUAUCUUUGAAAUCAACAUUGAAUCAGAUCUUCUUUAGCACAUUUUGAAUUACCUUUUUAAGAUGCAUGUUUUCUCCAAGUGCAAACUAGAGACAGGGUUGGUUUACAUUAUAGAUAGCAAUGGAUGUAAUUGGCCAAAUUUCAAUGGAGCUGCUCUGGAUUUACUCUGGCAAAGUCAAAAUUUGGCCUGAUGCUGCGAAAGUCCAGCUACUUUGUAAGAGAGUAUUAAACCACUAAAAGAGAAGAGAAAAUGAUUGAAUCCUAUAUGCACUAAAUUUUCAUCUUCAGAAGUGAAAGACAUGUAACCACACUGGGUUGUCCUGGAUUUUUGUUGUUUCAGUAUAUUGUGAAAUCAAUUCUAGUUUUCUGUUUGCCAGAAAACCCAGUUUUUUUAACAUUGUUAGUCAAUAACCAUUUUUCUUCCAUUUUAGUUUUGAUGCUUAGAUAAAGUAGUAAAUUUGGAGAAGAAUAACCCUAAACGUGAUCUCCUUUUUAUUCAUUUCUAAACAGUCUCUCUCUGGUUCCCCAGACCAUCAGUGUUUUUGAUUGUCUCUUGAUCCCUAUGGGUGUUGAUGACUCUUAACAAAAUAGGAUUUAAUACUGAUAGUAUAGGGUGCCAUUGCAAACUUCUGCCUGACCUGCCAAAUUAUCAUUCUAUAUCAUAGAUAUUCAAUCAUCUAGACUUGCAGGUCACCUCUUUGAUCAUCUGGUCAGUCUGCUUGCAAGAGCAGAAUUGGACCUGGAGUGCCAGUAAAGAUCCAGUGUGACACUAUCAAAUAUUUGAAGUUACGGGUAUGUGACACCUACUGCUGUCCUUCCAACAAAUUCAUUAGGCAUUUCUAGCAUGCGGUUAAAGUACUCAGGUUUGUCUGGUAUGAUUAGUUCUUUGUGUAAAUCGUGGUAGUCAUUGCUGGUGAUACUCGGUGUACAGGAAUUCUUUUUUUAACUACACGUUAUAUUAUUUAACCAUGCGGAUGGCAAACAACCUGGAGAAGACUGUUGUUGAUCAUCAUAUUACUGUUUUGCCCCACCAGUCCUCUUGAAUCUCCCUCUCUUUUCCAUAACGUUACUAACUGCCCCCCCUUUUUGUUUUGGUGAUGGUGGUGGUAAGUUCAUUACAGAUUCCCAGGGGAUGCCAGUCUUACAUAUUUGCUGAUUUCUGUAUAUGUUCUAUUUUUCCAUAUCAUGUCAUCUUUUCUUAGAAUCUCUAUUUACAAGAUGUUUAUUGUUUCCUGAUUUGUCCUGUAUCUUUCUGAUUUAAAAUGUAAUUUGAAAAAAGCAGCUCAGGAGCUCAGUCCUGUUAAAUGAUAUGGCAUAUCACCACCUUCAUUUAUUAAUGAGAGAGCUGCCUCUCUGGGCUCUUACCGUCUCCUGAUAUUAGUGAAAGCCUUGCUUACCUCGCUUAACUUCUUGUGUUAGAAUUGACUUCUUGCUUGCUGCACCCUUCCCCCCACCCCUGUAGUCUUACACUCUUCUUAUUUGGUUCCUCCCUGCCGUCUCCGUUUCUGGGACGGGCACUGUAUUGCACUCAGAUCUUUGAGCAGUAUAUCUAUUAGUCACUUUUUUAUCUGUUUAAUAGUACUUCUGUCGAACUCACUGUAUUGUUAGACUUUCCCUUAUCAAAUGUGGCUGUAUCAGAUGCCUAGCUGAAUCCAGAUACGUUGUCCAUGCUGAAGUAUAAAUCUGAAACAUUUUGUAGAGUCAACCCUCUGACCAUAAAAAGAAAACCAAACCACAUCAAUUCAGGCAGUUUACAGUAGGUUCUUCACUAGUGACCUCCUGAAUGAAAUAACUCAGUGGUAAGUUUUGGACCAUGGCUAAAGGUCACUUCCAGGGUGUUUUUUCCAUUUGGUUUUGUUCCUUUUCAUACUUGAAGCUUGAAACUCUUACACUAAUUACCAGUGUUUUGGUUUGCACACUCGUUUGCUAUUGCCCACCCUUGUGAUGCCUGAGCUGUGAACAGGAUACAAUAGAUCUGCAGAGGCUUGAUAGUGACUCUGAUCCUUGCCUCUCCCAGGUUCUAGGGCUGCUGUCCGUCUUUGCGGUCAGGGUGGCUUUGGGGUUUUCGGAGGUGGAGGGGUUGCCAAUUGAUAUAAGAUACAAAAAUUAGGUUCAAAUGUUUGGCUUCCCAACUUCGACUGUUAUCCACUGAAGCGGCUCUUUAUUUCUCGACUGAUGUUCAAAUUCCCGCACUCUCUUGUGAUUUACUCUUAACUGGAGAUUCUACCUCUUUCUAGUUUAUCUGAGCUCAGAGCUCAGCUUCAUUUUCUGACAGUAGCAGUUGCCUGUUUCAUUGUUCUUUG